AUGCGCACUCUAAACACCAUCAACUCGUCAUCCUCUCGUCCUACAUCUCCGGGUCUUACAGCCUCUCAGCCUCAUACUCGACGUCCUCUUACUCCAUCGACAAACGAAAAACUAGUCACUUCUUCUAAACCACUCCCAAAGACAAGAUCCCAGGCCCCUGCCGGAAAGACCCAGGCUCAGGCACAAGCUCAGGCUCAGGCUCGUCCUCGAUUCUCCUCGGCUGGCAACACUCGCACGUCGCCAUCCCUUGGCUUCCACGAUCCGAGCCAACAACAUGUUCUUUCAGUAACCGCUACAAUCACCUCGACCCGCUCAACCUCGUCGAGUUCCGCACCUCCUACCGCCAAAAUGGCCCCUAGCGAAUCGAGACACCGCCCCCCGCAACUCAGCGCCGCUGCUGCAAAGUCGGUCGGACGAACGCCCUUGACUCCCAAGAUUGCUUCGGCAGCCAAGGGUCCUACGUUAGGUGCACCUCCUCUAGUUCGAAGAUCGACCCAAGGACUGUCCGCAGGCACAUCUCAUCGAGACGAAAGUGCUGUGACUCCUCGAACCGGCAGUCGACAAAGCCGUCACAAUAGCAAUACUACUACUCCCAAUGGGACCCCAAGUUUAGACCAAGAGGGCUGGAACCCUCGAAACUCCUGGAAUUCAACAGGGAGGCAAUCUCUGUCUCGAUCUGAAUCUCGAGCUGAAUCUCCUGCUGAUCCAGAUGCCAAAUUCUUUCGUGCUAGCGAUAAACCACCUUCAUCACAACCUUCCGGCGGCCGUCCUUCGCUAGGCUCCCAAAAAUCGAACAACUUCUUCCAUGCCAGUAAAGCCACUUCGGAAUUUAAAAAGGCCACCAGUCCUGCUACUGCGCCGCAUAUUCCAGCAUCCAAUGCCGCGCCCGAGCCUUCAGCUUCAAAGUUCUUUUAUGCAAAUGGCACUGAUCUUGAGUUAAAACCUACAUCAGCCAACGCAUCCAGCACGAGACUUCAGUCCAAACGUCCAAGUACCAGCAGCUCAACAAAUGAGCACUCGAUCAGCUCGCAAAACUCGAGACCACACUCUCCUAUCAAGAUUGCUCAGCCAAAUCCCUCUAUUCUUAAGAACCCGGGCGCAACUGGACUCAGUGGCAGACCGCAAGUAGCGUCACCGCCCCAGAUAGCUUCUCCACCGCCAUUAGCUCCCCCGGCAUCUAUAACCGCAAAGAGACGGGUCAGCAUCGAGUCGGCCCCUAGAAAUAGAGGCCAUGCGAGAGCUGGUAGUGUUCCGAACUUUGAUCACUCUAAUUCGCCUAGGCUGCCCAUGUCGCCGGGCCGAAGGCAGCAUGAAUUCUCGCCUCCCGGAAGCCCUGGUGGGAUACAGCCAGCUUUCACUAUGGCAUCGAUUCUCCAAAUGGCCGAGGAUCUCAGUGAUGAAGAGGAAGAGGAGGAAGCAAAGGACACCCAAGACGAGGGAUCUCAGCCCGACCUUCAAAGCCCUACCAAGUCCAGCCAUGGUGAGCCUGUGAACGAUCUGGUAGCUAAUGCUCGAAGGGAACGAAAGGUGCAAGACUUGGAAAUCACCAAUGCCUCUCUCGAAGCUAUAAAUCGCACGCUAGAAAGGCAAAUGCGGAAGCAGCAGGCCGAGAUUCGCCGGUUCAGACGACUAUCCAGGUCAGGUCGGCUUUCUGCCGUUGCUUCAGCUGCCUCUAGCCGAGUUACCUCUGCAGCAUUGACGGAUGCCCCUAUCAGUCUUUCCGAUCUUAGCGAGGAGGACGACUCAGCACCUCCUUCUGAAGACGAAGAAGAGGACUCGCUUGACGAGUCUGACCUGUCAACUGAUUCGAUUUCAGCUCCCGAGGCUCUCGAUCCCAGUGACGAGAAAGCUAUGGAGAAGGCUAUGGCGCGACGGAAAAAGGACGAGGAUCGCCUCCAGCUCGACUUGUCUAAACAUCGCGAUAUUCUCGUCGAUAGUCAAAAGAUCAAUCAGAGCAUCAAGCGAUGCCUCAACUGGACUGAGAUUCUUAUCAAGGAAGGCCAGAAGGCUUUGGAAUACAAGGUCCGUGUCACAGACGUUGAGUUUGGUGGCCAGAUAUUGCCUCCUCUGAAUGAUGACGACGAUGAAGAUCUGUCCGAGGUUGACGAUUUUGGAACCGAUCCUGGCAGUCCAGUAGAUGAACCUCCUCUGCCUUGGGAAAAGAGCUCCCAGGAUCGUGAUAGUGGCAUCGAAUUGCAGCCAGACAGCAAUUAG